UCGCUCCAAGACCAACACGACUCUUCGAAACCACACCGUCUUUUUAUAACCAGUAUUGUCCAUACUGACCUACGACAUCAAACACUUGCGGGCGAUGCAUGUCCUCAAGAAGACUUGAAACUGUUUACGGUCGAUAUGUGUAUUUCUCUGAGCAUCAAACGUAGGAGAUUCGUGAACUACACGUCGUAAUUCAUGUUCUACCAGAAUGCCGUAUGAAACUGCGCUCUGGCACUAGGACUUUUUGGUCAGCUUCUCGUGUCAGUAGAGCCAAUGAUUAUUUUUCUGCAGACCCUUUUUAGGACCUGCAGCCUUGGCUUGGGUAUAAAAGACGUUCCAAGUCUGCUAUGGAUCCUCACCAAGCUUUCCUUUGAGCUUUUCUUCUAUCCUCGUUCUUCGCUCUUCGACAACCUUUCAAAUAUGACUCGUUUCGGCUCUCUUUUCGUCAUCCUUGCGGUCGCCCUACCUUGCUCUGCUAGAGACAACGAUGGCUCCCCACUCCCCAGCUCGUCGGAGGACGGCAAUUCGGGAGGUAGAUUCAUCUCCGGUCGAGCGUCUGCUCCAAAAGCAUCUCAGCGGAGAGGGGCACCUGAGACUGUUUCUGCCCCCAAGAGUAGCAUCACCCCCGCUGUCGAUCUCGAUCAUUG